AUGUUGGCAAACCGUUCAGUGCAAGGCUUACUCCUACGAAGAUGUCUAUAUCGAAUUCCCUCGAGAUUCAACUCAUCCAAAGCAAAGGAUGAGAAAAAUCACGAUGACAAAUCAUCGGAGAUCUCCAAACGAGAGAAGGACCUCCACGAUGUUCAACAGUUUAAGAUCAAACGAACCACUUCAAAGUCUGCACCAGCUCCUAUGGAGUUCAAUGGCGUUGAACAGCUAAUGAAGAAGAAUAAUAAACCGUAUAUUCCAAAGUAUAAACACCAGAGAGUCACUUUUGAAUACCCUGAUCUUCCCAACAAAGAUCAAUACAAUACACUCAACAAUAAACCCAAGAGAAUAUCUCGAUGGACAAGAUAUAUACCCAAGAUAUUGACAGUGAUUGGUGUUAUUUGGGCUGGGUAUACUAUCAAAGUAUGGUAUUUGGAUGAUCCUGAGGAAGGACAAGAUAGCAACGAGUUACUAGAUCCCAAUGAAUUCCACAAGUUUAUCGUUACUCACAAGGAACAAAUUGAUGAUGAACAUUUCAUUAUUGAACUCAAAUCAAAGUACGAUAGAUGGGAGUACAGUUUUGCUACUAACCCCGACAAGAAAUCCUUGUGGAAUGGCGAUCAUAUUUGGUCCGUUGAAGUGAAGCAACCGGAUAUCAAUGUCGUUAGAUCAUACACUCCAUUGCCCAUGUAUUACAUGAAAUCUGAAUAUACUCGAUCAGGUGAAAAAACUCCGCUUUUGAAAAUCUUGAAUCCGGAAGUUGAUGAUUUAGACAAGAAUGGUACAAUGUGUCUUUAUGUCAAGAGAUACAAACAAGGUGAAGUAUCACGAUAUAUUACUGAUCGUGAAAUUGGCGAUGAGUUGGAAUUGAGGGGUCCCACCAUUGAAUACAAGUUCCCCUAUCAUCCUUUAAAGAAAAUCCAUCAACGUCCUAUAUUCAAAGAUCUACCUUCCAAAGUUGAGCCUGAUAAUAUGAUUGAAUCAAUAAAACGAGAUCUGAAGUUACCCGAUGUGGAUAACAUGGAUUUUUAUGCAGCUGGAACUGGUAUUGCCCCAAUUUUGCAAGUGCUUUUUUCCAAGAAUCCGUACUUGGGAUAUGUCAAUCUCCAUUAUUCGGCUCGAAAACCGGGUGAGAUUGGUGUAUUGCUGAGAUUCUUAUUUUUUUUAAAUAAGUUAGAUCGCAUAAGUUUCCAUUGUCAUUAUGAUAGUGAGCCAAAAACAAUCUUAACCGAGACGGACAUCCCACAACCUGCCGAACCAAACUACUAUUCGCCAAAGAAACUAGAUGAGGUGACAGCCCAACUAUCACCGCAAGAAGCAUUAAAUGUAAGAAUGCAAGUGAUGAAGGAUGAAGAGGAGAUGAAGCCGGAAAAAGUUAAAAAAUUGAUACAAUCUGCUAGUGAGCGUGGUGAACGAUACGGAACUGCUUUGGAGCAAGCAAUGGUUACUGCCACUAAGCCUAAGAAAUCAGCUGCAUUGGCAAUCGUUUGUGGUCCGGAUGGAUACGUUGAGUACGUUUCUGGCCCCAAGGAUUUGGUACACAAGACACAAGGACCAGUUACUGGGUUACUUGGUGAAAAAAAAUGGAAUAAUUCCAAUGUAUUUAAGCUAUAG